AUGGAAAAGCUUAUCCGUGAGAGAAAAUCACUUGAUCCACGACUCAAGCGUGUGUCCGAUAUGGUGGCAAAAUUAGAGCCAGAAACGGCUGAAGAAAUCGAGAUAGAAACAGAACUCGACGUUCUCGGUGAUAUUUGGAGUGCCUAUUGUUCAGUGCACAAAAGAAUUUUGGACGUGAGUGAUAACGACGAAUUGUACGAUGAUGCUGUGCAGCAUCAAUGCCGUGUAGAAAAGUUGAGAAAUCACGAUAACAACGUGGGAGAUCGAUCGUCGUCGCCUAGUGCCAUAAUCAGCCAACUCUCACAGCAACAUGCCGAGCUGCUGAAUAUGAUGGCGGACAGAAUGGCCUCUGGAGCAAACACGUCAACCAUUGUUCACAAUGAUACAGCCAUGCCACUGACGGAUCUGAAACUGCCACGUAUGAACUUGCCUGCGUUUAGUGGAAACUAUUUAGAAUGGCAGUCAUUCAUCGACCUCUUUAAGAGCAUGGUCGAUCAAAAUCCAUCGCUGAAGGAUAGUCAGAAAUUAUACUUCCUCAAAACCAAUCUCACCGGUGAGGCUGCAUCGCUCAUUUCUCAUCUUAAGAUCGAAGAUGCAAAUUACGGUCCAGCUUUGCAAAAGCUCCAAUCACGCUACGAUAAACCACUCGAGAUAGCUCACAAACACAUCGAACGCUUUCUCAAUCAACCAGCCCUGACAUCACCGUCUGCUCAUGGAUUGCGUUUGCUUCACGACGUCUCCGACGAGGUUGUUCGAGCUCUCCAAGCCAUGCAAAGGGAGGACCGCGAUACUUGGUUAUUAUUCAUCCUCAUUCAGAAAUUGGAUCACGAAACCAAGCAGCUUUGGUACCAGAUGGUUGCUGACAUGCCCGAAGAGAACAUAACCCUGAAGAUGUUUCUCGCUUUCAUCGAUUCACAUAGUUUCGCUCUGCAAUCUGCGCAACCUGUUAAGCCGCGAACAAUUGUGUCCAAGCCACCUGUGAAGCCACCGUAUAGAGGAGCAACAACAUUCGUUGCCACCAACAUUUCUUCAAAUUGCAACGUCUGUGCCAAAUCAGCUCAUCCACUUUACCAGUGCGGUAAAUUUGUUCAUAUGAGCUCAGAGGAGAAGCUUUCCCUUAUCAACUCACAAAUGCUGUGUCGCAAUUGCUUAAAAGAUCAUCGUGGUGAAUCGUGCAGAUCCGGGAAUUGUCGGAAAUGUGGCUUACUCCACCACACCCUGCUGCACGCUGCCCUCACGCCAACAUCGCAUGCUGUCCCCAAUAGUGGUAGUCUGGCCGCACAAUCAUUGAUUUCGGCCCUCGAUGCUCCCACAUAUUUCGAUGCUUCCAACGUACUCCUCGCCACAGUGGCCAUAAACGUACUGGACAAGCAAGGACGGCCACAUGCAUGUCGCGCUGUGCUUGAUUGCGCAUCUCAAGUAAGUUUUAUCAGCCAGAGUUUUUGCAACGAACUUGGUCUCGAGUUGCAAGAAGCUGAUAUGAAUCUCGAAGGUAUCUCGGCUACACCUGCGCAUGCAGACAAAUGCGUGCCAAUCGUCAUAACAUCCCGAUGCACGGACUAUCGCACCACAGUUCCGUGUAUGGUGUUAGAAAGAAUCACUAAAACGCUUCCUGUUAAACCAGCGAACAUUGACGGUUGGCCCAUGCCGCAUUCAAUCAACCUAGCCGACCCAGUGUUUCACCGUCCAGGUAAAAUCAGCGUGCUCCUCGGCAUUGAAUUAUUCUUCCAGUUGCUUGAGCCUGGAAAGAUCAUCCUGAGUCCUGAUGGCGAUCUACCAACCUUGCAGAACACCAAGCUAGGUUGGGUGGUUGCUGGUCGCUAUCGUAAACCCACCAUCUCACCAUACACGAAGUCUUCGACGUGUUUGUUGACCACCUCUGACGAUAACCUCAAUCAUCAGUUGCGUAGAUUUUGGGAGUUAGAGGAAUGCUGCACAUCUACGCCCCACUUCAGCGAGGAGGAAAAAUUGUGUGAAGAUCACUUUCACAAACACACCACUCGUGACGACACUGGAAAAUUUAUUGUUCGCUUGCCGUUCCUUCAUCCCCCGAGUCAACUUGGAGACUCCAGACAAACAGCCGAAAAGCGUUUGUUUCAAAUCGAGAAAAAAUUGCAAAGAAACCCGCACCUGAAACAGGAGUACCAUGCAUUUCUUCGGGAAUAUUGUGAACUUGGUCACAUGACACUUGCCGAAGAAGCAUUUCCGAGAGUUGCCGUAUACCUCCCCCAUCACUGUGUGGUUAAGGAGAAUAGCUCCACCACGAAAUGUCGCGUCGUGUUUGAUGCCUCAGCCAAGACCACCACUGGCAAGUCACUGAAUGAUAUGCUGAUGUGUGGUCCCGUUCUGCAAGACUCAAUAGUCGACAUUCUUCUCCGAUUCCGAUUCCCGUCCGUUGUAAUUAUCGGCGACAUUAAACAAAUGUAUCGCAUGAUCCAAAUCCACGAAGCGGAUCCUUUGGCGAUGGUCUAG